AUUUGUCUUGAUUUAAUCACUUAAUAACAAACAAACAAACAAAAAACAGCUCUGGAGAAACAAUUACAGAAAAUUAAUUGGCAAGAAUUUUGAUAAUAGUUCAAAAAGCCACUCCAGACAUGUUUUAAAAUGGAUUUAAACUACUCUACUUUGAAUAAUUUGUGUCUGAUAUGCUUUCUUCACAACAAACCAGUAAAUUAUUUUAAAAUCCUUAAAUCUACAUCUACACCUUCGACCUCAUUAUUUGUGAAUAGCAAAUAUAUUUCAUCCCUAUAGUUUAACUGUUAUGUGGAAGCUUGAAGUUACAUAUUUUAGUAAGUAUAUGCAUAUUGGACCAGGAUUGGCUUUCAAACUAGUUGUGACGUUACAAAUUGUGUUCAUAGACCCAACCCUUAAAAUAUGAUUUUCUAUGAGCUCAGACAAACUUUAAAUGUAUUUGUGUUUGAGACUAUUGCUCAGACAAAACAAGUAAUUUAAAUGCGUCACAUUAAGCUCAAAGAAAUUCUGAUGCUCAUUUUUCAGCAUUUGCUGAAUUUUAUAGAAAAAAAUAAUCAACAAUGUGAAUAAUGGCUAGUUAGCCAAGUAAUUACAUUUCUUGCUUGAUCAAUAAAAAUAAUUUGGGACUCAAUAAUUGUUUAGUUUUUCAAGUCAAAGUCAGAAGUUUCAGCUUCUUUCUUGUGUUCAUUUUCUCCUGUUUUAUCUUCUAAGACAGUAAAUUCAUAUUAUUCCCUUUCUGGAGAGUUUUUCUUUUACUGUUUUCUAACAUUUCAUUGGUCAAACAACAAAUGAAACAAUCAGUAGUUGCAGCCCAACAACAAGAAAACCCAAAAAAGAAGUUGUGAAGAAAAGAAAGGAAAGCAGUGCUUUCCAUGUUUAACGCUGUCACGAGUAAUUAUUUGAUUGAUGUGUUUAGAAAUGCCUAAAAUAAAUAAAUGAUCAUACGAUUUGAAACUCAAUUAUCAGUCAGUUGUUUAAAGUAUUCAGUUGCUACUUAUGUUUAGUAAUUCCACUACUGUAAAUACCGUUGGCUCAUAAGAUUUGGACAAAAUAACUUCAACUUCUGAGGUCAAGAAUAAACAGUAUUAAUCUUAUGAUAAAACAAUUCAAUUUUAGGCCUACUGAAAUAUUUCUAGACAUUCACAGAAUCAUCUCAUACAGUUGUCUUUUGUCUUUUAAUUGGCUGAAUGUUUUUAACAGAUGUUUCUGCUCUGCUUCCUGACAGAAUGGAGAAUUCAGAGACCACUCCUGGAUCUGGGCCCUCGGCAGUGCCGGACAGAGGCAUGGCGCGACCCUCAGGCCACCUGAGUCAGCUGUCAGAGUCAGCCAGACCUUCCAGGCGCAGAGAGCACCCCUCCAAGUCACCAAGGAGACGACGGGAGGGAAAGAGGUUGCAGCGAAGGGGAGGGGGUCAUGAACAGCUGCUCUGGGAGAUCGAGCGGCGGAGGUUACCAGGCCAACACGAGCACUUGGAGCCAUCUGGCUCGGCGAGCGACACAGCGGAAAGUUCACCUAAGAGACGAGCUCACUUUCUACAUGGACCGUAUCCAGCCACUCACUUCGGACCCAAAGCCUGUAUUCUUCCCAACCCAACUUCAGUCAUGCACAUCCAGGACCCGGCCAGCCAGCGGCUCACAUGGAACAAACCUCCGGUCAACGUACUCGUCAUCAGAAAAAUCAGAGAUGAGAGUCUGGUCGAGCCUUUCAAAGAGCUCUGCAGGUUUCUAGUGGAGGUACAGAAUCACAGGAUUUCAUGUAAUGAGAAGCAGAUGAUGGUGUACGUGGAACGCAGGGUCGCAGACGAUGCUACGCUCUCUAAGGACGAGGCCUUCGGCUCCAUUCGCAAUCAGCUCUGCACCUUCAGAGAGGGUUAUGAUGAUAUCUCGGACUGCAUAGACCUGAUCAUCUGUCUGGGUGGUGAUGGGACUCUGCUGUAUGCAUCCUCUCUCUUCCAGGGCAGCGUUCCUCCAGUUAUGGCGUUUCAUCUCGGUUCUCUGGGUUUCCUGACGCCCUUCAAAUUUGAGUCGUACAAAACUGAAGUGGCCAAAGUGUUUGAAGGGAAUGCGGCCAUCACGUUACGCAGUCGUCUGAAGGUGAAGGUCGUGAAGGACAUGCUUCAGAGGACGGGCCAGCAGCCACACAGCCGAGAGCCGCCGCAGCCGCCGCAGCUGCAACAACAGCAGCAGCAGCAGCAACAACAGCAGGAACUCAACGGACUUCUUCCUCACGGACACACCAACAGUGAGGCUGGAAAGGUCACCCUGCAGCUACAGAGCAUCAGCUGGGUUGCCAUGGCGACAGUCAUAAUAAAAUCGCCGGGUGAUGAUGUGGGAGAGAAAGUCGGAUGUUGUGAUGGUUCUGUUGAGCUAGUUGCCAUGGAGACCGUGGCGUCAACAGCGGAGUCGACACCGAAUGGAUGUUUAAUGAGCUCUGACGCUCUCGGUCUGACACACUCUGUAACUAAACAACAUGCCACGCUGCUUCAGUCACAGUCUCACACACACACACACACACACACACACACACACACACACACACACACACACACACACACACACACACAGUUACAAUUUGUCAUUAUCGGGGCAGCUCACUCUUCUCCCGUCUCCUUGGGUUUUUUUUGUCUCACCGAUAAAAGACAGUGAGGGAUUGUUCUGGUCUCAGAACCUGAGUUUGACCUCACAUUACAUCACUUCUGCUGCGUCCAGCAGGAUGUUUGCUCUGCGCUCAGCUGACGUCAUUACAUCUGGCAGACAUCACCGCACAGCGCUGCAGUAUUUAUUGGCUGAAGUGUGGAACAUGAUUUGUAUGCUGCUUGUUUGCACUCCAGCAUUUUUCUCUUGGUGUAAAGUGGGACAGUAAUGUCCUGUAGCCCUGCGCCUGCUGCCGGAUGAUUUAUUGCUUUUAUUGACUGCAUCGAUUAAAUGUUGUCUCAUAUUCAGUCAGUGAAAAAGAAUUACUUAUUAAAGAGUGCCCUAUUGUGCUCCACAGAGUACGGGGACAUGAGCACAUUAUUGAGUGGCAGUGUAGAGCCGCUCCACAUUAUGCUGCAAUGAAUUAUUUUAUCUUUAUCACCUCUGUCAAAGAGGUUGUGUCCCCAAUUUUUUGUUUGUUUAUUACGUGCACGUCUUAAAAAAAACUUGACGUUUCAAUAAAUCUGCUGCAGAUUUAGGACAAGGGCCAGCAACAAACUGAUUAUAUUUUGGAGCAGAUAGUGCCACCAUGUGGUCAUUUAUAAAUCACUGUAAAAUCUUUUCAAUAUUUUACCAACAUUCAUAUUUUUUAAAUGAACUCCUUGGUUCAAGAUCAAUAUGAGCCCUCCAUUUUCUACAAAACAUAUGUUUUAAUAUCAUCUAAUCUUCACCAACCCUGAAAAAUAUACUUUUUUUUAAAACUGUAAUUUACAUACAUGACAUAUACAGUGCAAUACACAUUGAUGUUUUGAUGGUAUUUUGCCUGUAGAUGGCACUACAUGCUUGUAUGAAGCUCUAAUAUUUCCUGACUAGUUUUCUAAUAAAUCAAUCAUUAAAUCAUAAAUCAAUACCCCAAAUACAUUUCUAAAUGUUGUUUUUCAUUUUAGAAAUAUACAUUUUAGAUAAUCAAAUCAUCAUGUUAAGUUUAUAGAUGUAUAGAAGGGUGCUGAGAUCUCAAAGGCAAAAAUUAAACAUCAGAAGUAGGACAGCACUCCACUGAGCUCCAAUGACAUUAUUUAUUCAUGCACUGAAUUAUUAUUACUAAUAAAUAUCAAAUCAAUCAAUCUUUAUCAAUCAAUCAUUUUUUAUAUAGCGCCAAAUCACAAAAUAAGUCAUCUCAAGGCACUUUACACAUAGAGCAGGUCUAGACCGUACUCUUUAAUUUAAUUUAAAGAGACCCAACAUUGUCACAUGAGCAGCGCUUGGUGACAGUGGGAGGGAAAAACUCUCCUUUUAACGAGAAGAAGGCUCAGGCAGAACCGGGCUCUAAGUGGGUGUCUAUCUGCCUCGACCGGUUGGGGUUGAAAUGUAGAGGAUUGUCCAGCAUUGUUGGAGGUUUGCUCUCUCUGACUGUCAUCUAGUCUUAACUCUGGUCUGUGUGUGUGUGUGUGUGUGUACAGGUGUUGAAUGAGGUGGUGGUGGACCGAGGCCCAUCCUCCUACCUGUCCAACGUGGACUUGUACCUCGAUGGACGGCUCAUCACCUCAGUGCAGGGG